GGCGCUGGACAGGGAAGUGGCCAGGGCGCUGGAGCUGGUCAGGGAAGCGGGGCUGGUCAGGGCGCUGGAGCUGGUCAGGGAAGCGGAGCUGGACAGGGAAGCGGUCAGGGCACUGGAGCUGGACAGGGAAGCGGUCAGGGCGCUGGAGCUGGACAGGGAAGCGGUCAGGGCGCUGGAGCUGGACAGGGAAGCGGAGCUGGACAGGGAAGUGGUCAGGGUGCUGGAGCUGGACAGGGAAGCGGUCAGGGCGCUGGAGCUGGACAGGGAAGCGGAGCUGGACAGGGAAGUGGUCAGGGCGCUGGAGCUGGACAGGGAAGCGGAGCUGGACAGGGAAGUGGUCAGGGCGCUGGAGCUGGUCAGGGAAGCGGAGCUGGACAGGGAAGUGGCCAGGCAAGCGGAGCUGGACAGGGAAGCGGAGCUGGACAGGGAAGUGGCCAGGGCGCUGGAGCUGGUCAGGGAAGCGGGGCUGGUCAGGGCGCUGGAGCUGGUCAGGGAAGCGGGGCUGGUCAGGGCGCUGGAGCUGGUCAGGGAAGCGGGGCUGGACAGGGAAGCAGUCAGGGCGCUGGAGCUGGACAGGGAAGCGGAGCUGGACAGGGAAGCGGAGCUGGACAGGGAAGCGGCCAGGGCGCUGGAGCUGGACAGGGAAGCGGAGCUGGACAGGGAAGCGGCCAGGGCGCUGGAGCUGGACAGGGAAGUGGAGCUGGACAGGGCGCUGGAGCUGGUCAGGGCGCUGGAACUGGUCAGGGAAGUGGACAGGGAAGCGGAGCAGGUCAGGGCGCUGGAGCUGGCCAGGGAAACGGAGCUGGUCAGGGCGCUGGAGCUGGUCAGGGAAGUGGACAGGGAAGCGGAGCUGGACAGGGAAGUGGCCAGGGCGCUGGAGCUGGUCAGGGAAGCGGGGCUGGUCAGGGCGCUGGAGCUGGUCAGGGCGCUGGGGCUGGUCAGGGCGCUGGGGCUGGUCAGGGAAGCGGAGCUGGACAGGGCGCUGGAGCUGGUCAUGGAGCUGGACAGGGCGCUGGAGCUGGACAGGGAAGCGGUCAGGGCGCUGGAGCUGGACAGGGAAGCGGUCAGGGCGCUGGAGCUGGACAGGGAAGCGGUCAGGGCGCUGGAGCUGGACAGGGAAGCGGAGCUGGACAGGGAAGUGGUCAGGGCGCUGGAGCUGGACAGGGAAGC